CGCCCGCGCACGCGCACUGUGGAGCCGUGAGCUGUCAGGCGCCGGGCUGCGGGCGAGCGGCUGGAUCCGACGCCUGCUCGUGGACCCCGCGCUCGGAUCCCAGCUCAGCGACAUCCGUGAGGGCAGCGCGGCCCCGGCUCCUGGGCAGGGCGCAGAGGCGAGCAGGGACCCGUGGGCAGCUGGCCGCGCAGGCAAGAUGGGGAACAGGGAGAUGGAGGAGCUGAUCCCUCUGGUGAACCGUCUGCAGGACGCCUUCUCGGCGCUGGGACAGACCUGCCUGCUGGAGCUACCACAGAUCGCCGUGGUGGGCGGCCAGAGCGCGGGCAAGAGCUCGGUGCUGGAGAACUUCGUGGGCAGGGACUUUCUUCCUCGAGGGUCAGGCAUCGUGACAAGACGACCUCUUGUGCUGCAGCUUGUUACUUCUAAAGCAGAGUAUGCCGAAUUUCUACAUUGCAAAGGAAAAAAAUUUACAGAUUUUGAUGAAGUUCGUCAUGAGAUUGAAGCAGAAACAGACCGAGUGACUGGAAUGAAUAAAGGCAUUUCUUCUAUACCCAUUAAUUUACGAGUUUAUUCCCCCCAUGUGCUAAAUCUAACCCUUAUUGACCUACCUGGAAUAACUAAAGUGCCCGUGGGAGAUCAGCCACCAGAUAUUGAGUAUCAGAUCAGAGAAAUGAUCAUGCAAUUCAUCACAAGGGAGAACUGUCUGAUUUUAGCUGUUACCCCAGCCAACACUGAUCUCGCAAACUCAGAUGCACUGAAGCUAGCUAAAGAAGUCGACCCUCAAGGUCUGAGAACCAUUGGAGUGAUCACCAAAUUGGAUCUUAUGGAUGAAGGGACAGACGCCAGGGAUGUUCUAGAGAAUAAGCUGCUGCCUCUUCGCAGGGGUUACGUGGGGGUAGUGAACAGAAGCCAGAAGGAUAUAGAUGGAAAGAAGGACAUUAAGGCGGCCAUGCUGGCAGAAAGGAAGUUUUUCCUUUCCCACCCUGCUUACAGACAUAUUGCUGACCGUAUGGGCACCCCACACCUUCAGAAGGUCCUCAAUCAGCAACUCACCAACCACAUUCGAGAUACCCUGCCAAACUUCAGGAACAAGCUGCAGGGGCAAUUGCUGUCCAUAGAACAUGAAGUAGAAGCCUAUAAAAACUUCAAACCAGAAGACCCCACCAGGAAGACCAAAGCCCUGCUGCAGAUGGUUCAGCAAUUUGCUGUGGACUUUGAGAAGAGAAUCGAAGGGUCAGGGGAUCAAGUAGAUACUCUGGAGCUCUCAGGUGGUGCUAAAAUCAAUCGCAUUUUCCACGAACGCUUUCCUUUUGAAAUAGUGAAGAUGGAGUUCAAUGAGAAAGAACUGAGAAGAGAAAUAAGCUAUGCAAUCAAAAACAUACAUGGUAUCAGGACAGGAUUGUUUACACCAGACAUGGCAUUUGAAGCAAUAGUCAAGAAACAAAUUGUAAAGCUGAAAGGGCCUUCAUUGAAGAGUGUAGAUUUGGUAAUGCAAGAAUUAAUCAACACUGUCAAGAAGUGUACCAAAAAACUGGCAAAUUUCCCCAGACUUUGUGAGGAAACAGAAAGGAUCGUUGCUAACCACAUUCGUGAGCGAGAAGGGAAGACAAAGGACCAGGUACUGCUGUUGAUUGACAUUCAAGUUUCCUACAUCAACACCAACCAUGAAGACUUUAUUGGCUUUGCAAAUGCUCAGCAGAGGAGCAGUCAGGUUCACAAGAAAACCACAAUCGGAAAUCAGGGAACCAAUCUUCCGCCUUCAAGGCAAAUUGUCAUUCGUAAGGGGUGGCUGACCAUCAGUAACAUUGGCAUCAUGAAAGGAGGCUCGAAGGGGUACUGGUUCGUCCUCACUGCAGAAAGCUUGUCCUGGUAUAAAGAUGAUGAGGAAAAAGAAAAGAAAUACAUGCUUCCCUUGGACAACCUCAAAGUUCGGGAUGUGGAAAAGAGCUUUAUGUCUAGCAAGCACAUAUUUGCACUCUUUAACACAGAGCAAAGGAAUGUAUACAAAGACUAUCGUUUCCUGGAGCUGGCAUGUGAUUCCCAGGAGGAUGUGGACAGCUGGAAAGCAUCUCUUCUAAGAGCUGGGGUCUACCCUGAUAAAUCUUUAGGGACUAACAAAACUGAAAAUGAUGAGAAUGGCCAAACAGAAAAUUUUUCCAUGGACCCACAAUUGGAGAGGCAAGUGGAGACCAUUCGCAACCUCGUGGACUCCUACAUGUCAAUUAUCAACAAAUGCAUCCGAGAUUUAAUUCCAAAAACAAUAAUGCACCUUAUGAUCAAUAAUGUUAAAGACUUCAUAAAUUCAGAGCUCCUAGCACAGCUGUAUUCUUCAGAGGACCAGAAUACUCUGAUGGAGGAAUCUGCUGAGCAGGCUCAGCGCCGAGACGAGAUGCUUCGAAUGUACCAAGCCCUGAAAGAAGCCCUAGUGAUCAUUGGUGACAUCAACACAGCUACUGUGUCCACCCCAGCACCACCUCCAGUGGAUGACUCCUGGAUCCAGCACUCUCGCAGGUCACCGCCUCCGAGCCCCACAACCCAGAGGAGGCCGACACUAAGUGCUCCCCUCACAAGACCCACGUCGGGCCGAGGACCAGCUCCCGCCAUUCCAUCUCCAGGCCCCCACUCAGGGGCUCCCCCAGUCCCAUUUCGUCCAGGACCAUUACCUCCUUUUCCCAACAGCAGUGACUCCUUCGGAGCCCCUCCGCAGGUCCCAUCUCGGCCCACACGGGCCCCACCCAGUGUCCCAAGCCGGAGACCACCCCCAUCACCAACUCGUCCCACUAUAAUCCGUCCACUAGAAUCCUCUCUGUUAGACUAAGUGAAGUGUCUGGCCUGGCAAUUAAUCACUAACGAAUUAUGCGAAAGCAACAUAGUUGAUAACUGUUGCAGUAAAUCAUGAGUAGUCGCAUGUGUGGACAUCAGUAGGCAAGUAACCAGUUUUACUAAUGCAUUCGUCACUCAUCUUCGUUGCUCAUGGUAUGUCUAUUUUGGGAGUUCGGCUCUUGAAAGCUUCUUACCAAGGUAGGUUUGCAGAGCUGCCCUAUCCUUUGGGUACCAUUUGCCUAGCCUGGCAUAUAUUUGAAAUUGCUUUGGAUAACUUUUUCCAAGUUGCCUACCAGGGAGCUCAUUAAAUAUAAUUCUUAACAGAUAUGAGGUACUAGUGAGCUUAGAACUAAGCCAUACAUAUUUCCUUUCCCAUUCUGUUUAGGAUGGCAGAAAUUCUCUUGUCUAUUAUUACUGCUAUCACCUAUUCUAUAAUUACAUAUUUAACUACUCUUUCCUUCUUCUUUAUUUCACAAGACUGCUAGAAAAUGAUUUUUAAAAAUUGGAAUUCCUUGAGAAUAAGGCUUUUCCAGAAGUCCAAGGUAGUUUGCAAAGAAAAAAUCUGCACUGUUUUCUCUAGCAAGCUGCUCCUCAUGCCAGUAUGUUUUGCUUCAUGCUACAAGCAUAGGCUACAAUGAAAUCAAAACUUGUUUGAGGUGAUAUGUCAAGAUUGAAUUAGUUUCAGGUUUCUAGGAAGAAGCAAAACAUUCCAUCUCUAAAAAUGUCUGGAGAAAUGUAAUGUCUUUAUUUACUUGCAAAGUCACCUCCUUGUAAGUGACAUUGAAGACCAACCUGGAAAAUGUUUAAUUUUUCCAGCUGAUCUAAUUUUUGGUAUGACUAACUAUACUUUAGUACUAACUCCAAUUUAUUAUUAUUGAUUAUUAUUUUGGUUGGAGCAAAGAUAAUUCUUUCCAUUCUAAUUUGCAAUUCCCUUAUAUAGUUGCAUGUAAGUAAUUAUAUAAGAACCCUUUAAAAAGAGGUAGUGUGAGUAUCCAUUCUAAGUUCUGCCCAACCUCAAUACUGGGGAAUGAAUCCAGGGCCUUGCACAUCCCACACAAGUGAUCUACCACGGAGCAAUACCCCCAAGUCAACAUUUAAGCUUUCUUAAGAAAGCUUGAGGCUUACUACGAUAUAAUCACAUAGAAAGAACAAUACCUGGGCUAGAAAGAAAAGUCAGUCAGAGAUACCAUGAUCUAAGGCAGCCCUCUCACUUUUACAGAUAUACUACUGCAGAGUCCCUACCUAGCUCAUUCCAGAAAAUGGUACUGAAACAUUGAGAUCUGAAGCAAACUUGCAAUUUGUAAGACUUACAAAAGCAGCUUAGCUUGGAACUUAAUGGUUCAGCCUUGAGCCUGGGUUUUGAACUACCGAGGACCAAAUGAUUAACAUGUAGGAAACAGUCAGAAGCCAAUUGGAAUUCGGUCUGCUAACUGUUCCCAGACAGCAGAGCAAGUAUUCACUGAAUCAUGGUGUCUCAUGACAUUACUUCAUAUUCUACAGAAGUAAAUCAAGUUUUACUAACUGCAAUGUCUCCCUUUGAAAGCAACAAACGUGAUUUGUAUGUUAAUUUAACUUUAAUUUCCUGUGCAGUUUAUACCCAAGACAGAUACUCAUAAAGUACGAAGUAAAAACUUUUAACCAUUAUUAAAAGGAGAAUUUGCCAUGUUCUAAAGGGUUACAGCUACCCCACUUAUAAUUGGAAGAAAAUAGAGAAUACAAGAUUUACGAAAAGGACAUGCCAAGUUUCCAAUUUAUAAGUGAUUAUAGAAAGAACAUUUCUACUCUGAUGUCCUCUUAUAUCUUAUUUUUUCUCUUUGAAAAAACACUCUUUGCAAAUGGAAUCGUGGACAAAAUAUAAAGUACAUUUCAACAAUAAAUAAACAGAAAGUCCUACGUCUACAAACAGUAAAACAAUCUGCAGUGAGUCUUUUCAUAAAACUCCCUCUUUUUAGGAUUCCCUUUGCUUCUUCCUUUGAAUUCUCUAAAACAGGCAGCUAACAUUCUAUAUUCCAGGGUUUGGCUUUGUGCUAAAUGUGGUUUUGCAUUUUGCUGUAUUUCAAAAAUUUCCUUCUGUUGGAAGAAAAUAUUGUGGACAACCACUGGUGUGUUCUCAGAUCAGCAUAAAGCAUGUAAAAAAAAGUUGGAGACUUUUUUUCCAAGUUUCUUUCCACCGUUCUUAGGCAGUCAUAAACAAUGGCAUUUGUCAUCGUUGGCUUUUAAUUUUAGAUUAUAGUUCCACAGAUGCACUGUUCCAAUUGUCUCCCCUUGAUGGUACAUUUUUAUUCCAUUUUUUUAAGUUUUGUCUAAUAGAACUGACUCUCCCUGAAAUUUCACCAGUCAUAUUUGAGAAUAUUUUCAAUUUGCUUUAGUACUGUGUUCUAGGGGUUUGCAUUCUGCUAAAGGGAGAUGCCAAUGUGAAUGAAGUCUGAAGCGCUGGAAUGUAUGUGUACAGUGUGAGGUUCAGCAUGCACAUCAGGUCUUAGGAUGGGACUGUAGCUUAGAGCUUUCUGUUUCCCAUUCCAUUUCUAAUUGUUCUGAUGUUGUCAACGCAAUAGCUAUAGCUCCAUCUUGUCUAGCAUACUGAAAAAAAAUGUUUUUAGGAUUGGAAAAACUAAAUGUAUAUGUUUAUUUUAUAAGUAAAUCUAACUUUAUUGUCACAUGCUAAAUCUUGCAUGCAUAUGGACUAAUUGGAAUAACCAUUUACUCAACUGUGGACAGAUUAUUGAAAUAGUUGAUUUAGAACAGGCAUAUUGCAUUUCCAGAAUUCAUCUACCAAGAAUAUCCUUCUGAGUAUUGCUUUUAGCUGUGUUUUAUAACAUAGAAGAGCAGUAGGGUCUGUUUAUUAGCAAAUUUGCUAUAGUUCAGACACAAAUUCGUCCCAAAACAUAAUGAAACUGGUUUCUGCUAUAUAACUAUAAACCUUCUGAAUUUAGGAUAAAAGUUAGCCACAUAGAUUAAUUUUGAGAUUUUUUAAUAUACACUGUAGCCAUAAUUCUCCAAUAUUAAAUGGGACUUAAUACCAGUGUGUGAUAAAUGUUGAUGCUUUCUGUGUACAAACACAUUUUCUAUGCAUGUGUCUCUGUGUAUACAGUAUAUACAUAGUAAAUUUGUUCCUGUAAGUACAUGUAUUUUGUUUCUCUUUAAGUAAGUUUAGAAGCACUUGUUAAAAUGCCACAAGCAUGAGUUUGAUUGUAUGUGCAUUGUGUGUGUAUGUGUGUAUAUAUAUAUAUAUAUAUAUAUGUAUGUAUAAGUACGGGUGUAAAUAUCUAUGUAAACACGUGCUUAGUAUGUGUGAGUAUGAAUAAUUUUUAAACUGUUAAUCCAAAAGAUAUCUUUGGAAGAUCUGUCAUAACACAUAAUAACAGUGGUUCAUGUCUCAUAACAUACAUGAAACAUACAAAAUUUACUAAACCUGAUCAUAUUCAUUCUGAGAGGCACAAAGCUUAUAAUAACCAUGACAAGGUAACAUCCACAGACAUUAGUAUCUAAAUCCACAGCACUUCUAUCUAAGAUGGAAUUACCUUUGACAGUAUAGUUUAAUAAGAUCUGGAAACCUUCCUUUAAGAUCUCCAGGUAGAAUUACAAGUUAUUUUUAGAUGCUAACUGAAUGUUGAAAAGCUAAGCUGAUCUAUAUAAUCAUUUUUUCUUUAUAUGAAAUGUAAAAAAAAAAAAAAUAGAAGUAUUCACCCACAGAAAAAGUAAUGGAUUUUUCUGAGUAAAAUUGCUUUUUAAAUGCAGUAGAGAAGUUACUUAAUUCCUUGGAGGUAGGUUAUCAACUUUUUCAAGUAAACACUUUUCAUUUGGCAAAUGGUAUAAUUAUUUGAAAUUGACAGCAAUCCCCUUAGAAUUAAGAAUAAAGGUGAAACAGUAGGUCUCUGAACAGUUGAACUCAGUGUAAAAAUGACCACGGAUGAGACUCAGGCCCUGAGUUUUGUCCCAUUUCACCGAGAGGACAACGAUCUGUGUGCUCAGAGCUCAAUGUGAACGAAGGCACAUGAUUUUGGAGAAAUAGUGGAUAGCUCACCACAUCACUGAAUCCUUUCUAAAGAUCUCUAGUGUGUCUUCUAGAUACUCUUAGUAAUUCUGUCUAGUUGGUAUGUUUAAAAGUGUGUGGUGCUCUGUAUGUGAAACUUUAAUAAUAUUUUUGAAAUACAUGUAGUAUAUGCAUUACCCUUUGUGUGUGUAUGUGUGUGCAUGUGUGUAAAUGCAUAUAUGUAAGAAUGUGUAUGAGAGAGAGAAAGAGAGGAAACUCAAGGAAGAGUCUCCUGUUUAAGACUGUCCAUGCUGGUAUACUGGUGAGGCUCUUCACCUCUUUGGUGGAGGGUUUCACAGGCGGCUCAGCAUUAAUUUCUUUUUAAUCUCUACCCUUCGAUUCUUUAAACUUUGCUUGUGAUGUAAUUUUUAAAUUAUGGCAAAAAUGACUCUGCCUUCUUGCAUUGACCUCUGUCGAUCUGUUUUACAGAUUUCUCCUGACCAGAGAUCUUACCACUAUUAAUUUGAUUUGUUUUAUUUCAUAUGGACAGCCUUUGUUUUGCUUCUUGUCUGUAUUCCUGUUUUCUGCCUUUUCCGAGUCAAAUUCUUCUUUCACUUUUUCUAUGAAGUAGUUCACAAAAGUGAAACCUUGUGUUCUCUGUUGAUUCCUUAAUUAAUGUGAGCCAGCAUACUUCCCACUGUCUUCUUGGCACUUUUCAGGAUUUCUUACUGACUGCUGAUUUAUGGAUUCUGUGAAUGGAAUUUUUGAAGCAAAUUCCUAGAGCCUGUAUCAUUCUUGAAGGUCACAUGUACCUAUUGUGAAAAUGUGAAGCUGUAUUUCUGAACCUGAAAUAAAUUAUAACAUUUGAAGGAC